AUGUUUCGACCCCUUCUGUCCUUGAAAAGAGGGAACAAGUUUCCCAGGCAAUCCUAUUCAUUUUCAGGUAAUUUACGCGUUAGAGGGAAGCCAGAGUUGAGAGGAAGAAGAGGGGAGUUUUCAGCACCAGCUUCAAUAAAAACAUCUCCAACAAACAGCGGUCGAUUAGUAGCAAAUGGAAAUCUUACUCCUACUACAGUAAGUGACAGUACUAUGGAAGAGUUGCAGAGUGCAAUUCAAGCUGCAAUUGCUCAUUGCAAGAAAUCCAUUGCCAUGGAUGAGAAAAUAAGAUCCCUUGAAUAA